GAAAAAUAAACAUUUCUAAUUUAAUUUCCAUAUUUUAUUUUAGAAAAUAAAUAUGAAGCCUGAUGUGUUCCAUUAAUGUGAAUUAAAAAUAAAGUGCCAACUUAAAACAUGCCGCCGACAGUUCAAACAAAUGAGCCCGAACGGGAGAAGCGUCCUCAGAGGACAGGCGAAAGACGGUCUGAACUAGUUACACGAGUGAAAUAUUGCAACACGUUACCUGAUAUACCAUUUGACCUGAAGUUUAUUACCUAUCCUUUCCCAUCUACACGAUUCAUACAGUACAAUCCAACUUCUCUGGAGAAAAAUUAUCGGUAUGAAGUAUUGACUGAGCAUGACUUAGGAGUGCAUAUAGACUUGAUAAAUCGGGACAUAUACCAAGGGGACGGUAACGCGAUACUUGAUCCGGCGGAUGAGAAACUUUUGGAAGAUGAUGUGCUUACACCCCAAGAUUCUAAGCGAUCUCGUCAUCAUGCUAAAAGUGUAUCUUGGUUGCGUCGUUCGGAGUAUAUAUCCACUGAGCAGACUAGGUUUCAGCCGCAGUCUAUGGAAAAGGUUGAAGCCAAAGUCGGUUACAAUGUCAAGAAAAUAUUCAGUGAGGAAACUCUAUACAUGGACAGAGACAGCCAAAUUAAGGCUAUUGAAAAGACCUUUGAGGAUAACAAGAUACCAAUUGAGAAGCAUUAUAGUAAACCUGGGGUGACUCCAGUUGAAGUCAUGUCAGUGUUCCCCGACUUUGAUAUGUGGAAGUAUCCAUGUGCCCAAGUCAUUUUUGAUUCAGACCCGGCCCCGUCAGAUAAGAAUAUUGCUGGACAGAUUGAAGCUAUGUCACAGGCUAUGAUUAGGGGUGUGAUGGACGAAAGCGGAGAACAGUUUGUAGCAUACUGCCUGCCCACUGAGGAUACAAUACAGAAGCGUCGUCGCGACAUCGUAGAGGGUAUUCCCUAUAUGGACGGCGAUACGUAUGAGUAUAAGAUGGCCAGGGAGUACAACUGGAACGUCAAAAGUAAAGCUUCUAAAGGCUACGAAGAGAACUACUUUUUGGUGGUUCGAAAUCACUGCAUCUACUACAACGAGUUGGAAACCAGAGUCCGUCUGUCCAAGAGGAGAGCUAGAGCAGGCGUCGCGGCUCAGGGGCUCACCAGGCUAGUGGUUACCCACCGGCCACUGAGCGCGGCCGAACACCGCAUGCUACGGCUUAGGGAGAAGCAGCUUGAACCACCACAGGAAGAGGAUGAGGAAGAAGAAGACGAGGAAGAAGAAGAGGAAGAGAAACAGGAACAGAAUGGAGAAAAGGAGAGAUCGCGUUCCCGUUCCAAAUCAGGAUCAAAGUCUCCCCAAGGAUCGGAAAAGUCGAAAGGAUCGCGCAGAUCGAGGUCAAAGUCAAAGUCCAAGUCCAAAUCAAGGAGUCGCUCGCGAUCUGGCUCUGGAUCCAGGAAAUCCAGAUCUCGUUCAGGUUCCGCACAUUCUGGAUCCGCGAGAUCCGGUUCAGGCCGGUCCCGGUCCGGCUCGGCGCGCUCCCGGUCCGGUUCGCGCUCGUCCCGCGCCAGUUCUAAGAGUAAGGGAUCUCGCGCCAGUUCCGCCAGCGGAAGAGGAUCUAGAGCGAGCUCUAAAGGAAGCAACAAGGGCUCCAAGCCAUCAUCGGCAGCCAGUUCCCGCGCGUCGUCGCGUGCUAGCCGGCGGUCGUCGCGCGCGACGUCGCGUGCCUCGUCCAAGGGCUCGCGGUCUGGAAGCGGCUCCGCGCGCUCGCGAAGCCGCUCCAAGAGUGGAUCAAGACAAGGCUCCCGCAGCGGGUCCGCAUCCAGUGCGUCAUCAAAGCACAGCGGCUCUGAUUAAUAUUAUAGAAAUAAUGUAACAUGUUAUGACAUGAAUAAAACGAAAUACUUUGUAUAAAUAAU